AUGGCUGCAAGUACUACGCUAGAAACUAUUGAGAUUCACCCAAUUACUUUUCCGCCUGAUGUUCUUGCGAGAAUAUCUCCAGAACUGUCUUUACAAAGACACUUAUCCCUAGGAAUCAGGCCAUGUCUAAGAAAAUAUGAAGAAUUCAGAGACAUAACUAUAGAAAACAACACUUUAUCACGCUAUUCAGACACAGAUAAUGUAGAUGCUAAAAACAACAUUUUAGGCUCGAAUGUCCUAAAAAGUGGGAAAACUAUAGUUAUAACUUCUAUUACUGGUGGAAUAAUAGAAGAAAAUAACGCUUCAAUCAAAGAUUUGGAUGAUUUCGGUGAGGAAGAAUUAUUCGAAGUGACUAAAGAGGAGGACAUAAUUGCAAAUUAUGCUUCUGUCUAUCCGGUGGUGGAAGUCGAAAGAGGUAGAGUGGGUGCUUGUACCGAUGAAGAAAUGACUAUAUCACAAAAACUAUACGACUCCAUAUUGCAUUCUAGGAUAUUGCCCAAAAAGGCCUUGAAAGUAAAGGCAGGUAUUCGUAGUGUGAACGAAGAUGGUACCUUUUCUGUUUUGUAUCCCGAUGAACCAGAAGAUCAUGCAUUAAAUGAAACAAACCUAAAAAUGAAAAGAAAGUGGUCAUACGUUCUGUAUGCAAAAAUUGUAGUCUUAAGUCGUACUGGUCCAGUAUUCGAUUUAUGUUGGAAUUCCCUAAUUUACGCUUUACAGAACGUAAAUUUGCCUAGAGCAUUUAUAGAUGAGCGUGCAUCCGACUUGAGAAUGACUAUAAGAACAAGGGGAAGAAGUGCCACUAUAAGAGAAACAUACGAAAUUAUUUGUGACCAAACUAAAUCACUACCGCUAAUGAUAAACUCAGAGAAUAUUGCAUUUGCUUCAAACUAUGGGAUAAUAGAGUUAGACCCCGAAUGUCAACUACAAAACUCUGACAACACUGAAGAAGAAGUCGACAUUGAUAUGGAUAAAUUGAACCCUGUGCUAAUAGCAGACCUGGACACUGAAGCAGAAGAAACAAGUGUUCGCAGUACGAUCUCCGUCAUCGCUUCUCCCGCAGGAAACUAUAAGCAAUUAACAUUAGUGGGGGCAGGUGCCAAAAUAACGCCAGAAAUAAUAAAAAGAUCACUUUUGUUAUCCAAGGUAAGAGCGGACGAUUUAUCAACAAGACUAAACAAAUAA